AUGCAGCCGAUGAACUCUGUCUCUGGUUCGGCAUCGCUGGUGUUGGCUGCCCUGCUGGUUCAACAGGCCGCCGCCCAAGAUGCGGCCAACAGCGGUGCUUCCACCUCGACCGUCAUCUCGGCGAUCGUCCUAAACGCCGUCAUCUUUGCCAUCCUCUUUACCGUCUUCCUCCUCGCCCGUCCACGUUUCAAGCGUGUCUACGCGCCUCGAACUUACCUCGUCACUCCCGAGGAGCAGAUCGAGCCUCUGCCCCAGUCACUCUUUGGCUGGCUUCCCGUUUGGCUCAAGACGCCUACCUCGACCAUUCUAGAAAAAAAUGGUCUCGAUGCCUACAUGUUUGUCGAGUAUCUCGAGAUGAUGCUCUGGAUCUUUAUCCCCAUCUUUUUGCUCUCCUGGAUCGUCCUCAUGCCCGUCUAUGGCGCAGGCACCAAUGGCAUUGGAGACGGCUUCAACCGCUUCAUUCUCAGUCGCGUUGGCAAGAGCCCGCAGCAGCAGAAGCGCUACAUCGCUCCGCUCCUCAUCCAGUGGAUUUUCACCUUCUGGCUCAUGUGGAACAUUCGAUCCCGCGUAGCCAAGUUCAUCAAGCUACGCCAAGAUUUCCUUGUUUCGCCUCAACACGCUGCUUCCGUCCAGGCCAGAACUGUGCUCAUAACGGGUAUCCCCAACGAGCUUCUAAGCGAAAAGAAGCUCCGCGCCCUCUACUCGCAGCUCCCUGGCGGCGUUGCUAAGGUCUGGCUCAACCGCAACCUCAAGGAUCUCCCCGACCUCUUUGAUGAGCGUGAAAAGUGGUGUAACAAGCUCGAGGCUGCCGAGACCAGCUUGAUCAAAACGGCCUACAAGCUCGUCAAGAAGGGCAAGGCUCAGGACGCCAGCGGCUCUCUCCCCGAGACCGACGUCGAGAUCAACGCCGAGGUCGCCGACCAGUACGUUCCCAAGAAAAAGCGUCCCACUCACAAGCUUGGCAAGAUCCCCUGUAUGGGUGAAAAAGUCGACACCAUUCACUGGUGCCGCGAGGAGAUUGCUCGUCUUAACAAGGAGAUCCAAACCAAGCGCUCCGAGAUCGCCGUUGACUACAAAAACUACCCUGCUCAGAGCAGUGCUUUCAUCCUUUUCAACACCCAAAUCGCCGCCCACAUGGCUGUCAAGACACAGGCUCACCAUCAGCCCUACCGUAUGACCAACCGCUACGUUGAGGCUCACCCUGACGACGUCGUCUGGGCUAACAUGAACAUGAACCCGUACGAGCGCAAAAUCCGCACCGUCGUUGGCUGGGCUAUCACCAUUGGCCUGAUCAUUUUCUGGGCAAUUCCUGUCGCCUUUGUUGGUAUCAUCUCUAACGUCAAGGGUCUUGCAGACAAUGUGCCUUUUCUUGGCUGGCUCAACGACAUCCCCAACGUCGUUGUCGGUAUCAUCCAGGGUAUCCUCCCCACCGUUCUCCUCGCCGUGCUCAACAUGCUGCUUCCCAUCUUCCUGCGUCUACUCUCGCGCCUCAGCGGUACCCCCACCCGCAGCGCCAUCGAGCUCGACCUUCAGGGUCGAUUUGCCGCCUUCCAGAUUGUGCAGAACUUCCUCUUCCUUACCCUCGUCUCAGGUAACGCCGGUCAGAUCGCUGAGUAUGUCCAGAGGGUCGCCUCGCAACCCACCCAGUUCCCUGGUCUCUUGGCCGAAGCUAUUCCCAAGGGUUCGCUCUUCUUCCUCAGCUUCAUCGCCUUGCAGGGUCUUUCGGGUGCUGCUGGUCUGUUUGCUCAGAUCGCUCCGCUCAUUGUCUACUAUGUCAAGAAGUUCUUGCUCGCCUCUACACCCCGCAAGGUCUGGCACAUCGACCACGACACCAGCGGACCCGCCUGGGGAACUCUGUUCCCUUCCAUGACGCUCAUCACUGUCAUCGGCACGGGUUACGUCGUCAUUGCUCCCAUUCUCAACGGCUUUGUCGCUUUCACCUUCUUCCUCUUCUUCCUCGGCUACAAGUACCUCUUCCUCUACGUCUACGACACCAAGCCGUCGAGCGAGACCUCGGGUCUUUUCUUUGGCAAGGCCAUUCGCCACAUUUUCGCUGGUCUCUACGUCGAGAUGGUGAUGCUCACUGCCAUCUUCUUCCUCGCCCAAUCCGAGGAUGCUGCCGGCCAGAAGAAGCAGUCGGCGAUUCCAGAAGGUGCCUUCAUGGUUGUGCUCAUCGUCAUUGUAGUUGCAUUCCACUACUUCCUGAACGACUCGUUCAAGGCGCUCGAAACCGCUCUGCCCCUUACGCUCGUCGCUGGCAACAACGCCGAGGUGCAGCUGCACGGCAACCCCACCCGCACCUCGGGUGAGACCGCCUACAACGAGAAGAAACCGCUCAACGAGCAUGCUGCUUCGUCCUAUGACGCAACUCCUGUCUCUCAGGGCGACCUCAACGGAAAGGGGGUACAAGGAGCCGGCGUCAGUGGCGAAAAGCACCAAGCUGUUGCUGGUCUCAGCGAAGAGCAGGAGUCGGCUUUCUACCACCCCUCGCUGACGGGCGAGCAGAAGCCCAUCUGGCUGCCCAACGACAAGUUCGGCAUUGGUCGUGCCGGCGUCGCCUCGGCUCGCAAAGCUGGUCUCGAGGCUACCUACGAGCAAACCUCGGUCACUGAAAAGGGCCAGGUGCAAACAGAUGCUUACGAGCCGCCCGGUGAGUUGCUUGUCUGA